AUGUGCGAACAGCUCAACGUUCGCCUGUCUUCAAAAGACAAAAACUGGCUGUUUUCCAGGCUAAAUGAUUUUCUGUCUCAGCUGGAAGAAGCAGUGGAGAAGGACAUUAUGCGAUUUACCGUCUGUGACAUCAUUAUCAAACACUGUCCACGAUUCAGGAAUGUGUAUGUGCCAUACCUUACCAACCAAUCAUAUCAGGACAAGACAUAUCAAAGAUUGAUGGACGAGAGUCAUGAAUUCCGUAGAGUUGUGGAAAAGUUGGAGCGUAAUCCGGUUUGUCAACGACUGCCUCUACGGUCUUUCCUCAUUCUGCCAUUUCAAAGAAUCACACGCCUCAAAUUGCUAGUACAGAAUAUUGUAAAGAUAACUGCUCCAAAAACCAAUGAUGAAGCACAGGCCAUUAAGGCCAUGAAACUACUUGAAAAGAUGAUCCAGGACAGUAAUGAAAGUAUCUCUCAAAUGAAGAACAUCGAGUCACUUGUGACCCUCAAUGCCAAAGUUGACUUUGAGUGCAGGACUCUUCCAUUGAUCAGGUCAGGUCCCGAAGAACUGGUACGAGAGGGACCUGUGACUGAACUGAGAGACUUUUCUCUGAAAGACAGGGAAGAAGAGAGAAAUGCUUAUAUGCACCUUUUCAAUGACUAUCUCCUGGUCUCUUUGCGGAAAGAAGGGGGUAGGUUUACAGUUAUCGAUCAUGCACCUGUGUCAGAGCUGCGGGUUGAGAACUGCAGGUUCAAACUGCAUUCCCUACAAAAAAACCUGUUCCGUCUGCACAUGCCACAAAAAGCCCUGCUCUUGCGGACAGAUACCCAAGCCAAUAAAUUGCGCUGGAUAUCAGCACUUUCACGUCCUUAUCCUGAGAUUGACUUCAGUGCAGUUCAGGACAUUCCACAAAUGCAGUGCAUCAAAGCAUUUGUUGCUCAGCAGCCUGAUGAGCUAAGUUUAGAGAAAGCUGAAGUUCUGUUAGUUCACCAGCAGAGUAGUGAUGGCUGGGUGGAAGGAACUCGUCUGUCAGACAGACAACGUGGUUGGGGUCCCGAGUCUCAUCUUGAGACAAUAGUCAGCGACAAAGCAAGAAAGCGCAACCUGCUGGACACCAUGAAAUUGCUACAGCUGCAAUACUUAAGCCUUCAAGAACUUUAA